AUGACGCCUUCUGGUAUCAGGAUUUGCCUCACUAAAGACUCAGAUGUUGGUGCAACUGCUGAAGUCCUGCAAUACCUUCAGCAAAACUAUGCUGAAUUGAAAAGAAACUGCUUUCAGACGGGCCUCUUCACCGACCCCAAAUUCAAACUCUGGCCAGUGAGUUAUGAUCAGCUAAAAGGGAAGAACGACAAGAAGGAGGUGGUUUGGAAGAGACCAAAGGAAAUCUGCCAGAAUCCCGUGUUUAUAUCUCAGGAUGGCAUGAACGUGAGCGAUGUCAGACAGGGGUCCCUGGGGAACUGCUGGUUUGUGGCAGCGGCUGCCGCUCUCACUUUGUACCCAGGGAUCCUGCGCAAGGUGGUCCCUAAGGACCAAGGCUUUCAAGGGAAGGAUUAUGCCGGCAUCUUCCAUUUCCAGUUCUGGCAUUUUGGGCAGUGGGUGGACGUGGUGGUGAACGACCGCCUCCCCACUCUGGAUGGCAAGCUGCUCUUCGUGCAUUCAGCUCAGGAGAACGAAUUCUGGAUGCCUUUACUGGAGAAAGCCUAUGCCAAACUGAACGGCUCCUAUGCAGCUAUCUGGGGUGGAUUCCUGACCGAGUCCUUCGUGGACUUAACAGGAGGGAUUGUGGAGAAACUAAAUCUGAAGGAGGCUCAGCCCGGGCUCUUCAAGAACAUUCGGAUGGCAUACAAGAGGGGCUCUCUGAUGGGAGGAACCAUCCUGCAUAAGACGGAAGAACAAAACAAGAAGCUUCAGGCCAAGGGGCUGAUUGUGAACCAUGUCUAUACCAUCACAGAUUUGCACAAGAUCCUCCUGAAAGACAAGAAAGUGAAACUCUUGCAGCUGAGAAAUCCCUGGGGUAAAAUGGACUGGAAAGGGCCCUGGGGUUACGGUUCAAACAUGUGGUCCUCCAUAGAUGAAGAAUUCCAAAAGACGCUGUGUGAGAAAAAGAAUGACGGGGUCUUCUGGAUGCAGCUGGAAGAUUUCGUAGACUGUUUUGAUAUCCUGGAGAUUUGCCACUUCAGUGCUGACUCUGCAGUGGAGGAAUUUGCUCCCUUUCGCUGGAGCAGCAGCUGCUUCCAGGGGACGUGGAAAAAAGCCCUCGCUGGCAGUGAUGAAGAUGGCACCCCUGGUGAAGUCCAGACAAAUCCACAGUUCCUCAUUUUGUUCCUGGAGCCGGACAACUUACCCCGGAAGAAGAAGCUCCCAAAGGAGGGCCAGCAGUGGGAACCCACCUGUACCCUCCUUGUCUCCCUGAUGCAGAAGGGCUCGCGGGAAAUGAAUGAGAAAGGGGAGCUUAGCAAAAACCUGAGCAUCUGCUAUGACAUCUUUCAGGCAUCCAAAGAGUAUCUGCAAACGAAAGACCCGUCCCAAAGAAAGAAACUGCUUCCUCAACUCAAGAAGGUUGGCACAUUCAAGGAGACCAAGAGGGACGUCACGAAGCGCUUUGUCCUGCCCCCUGCGGAUUACUUGAUCGUCCCUGGCUCCACCAGCUCCAAGGUGGAUGAGUUUGGCUUCACCCUUCGCAUCUUCACAGAGAAGAAGCAUCAGCACUUGGAAAUCAGUGAUGAGAUCAGAGCAGAUGAGGAGGCCUUCCAGGCUGCAAAACCAUCCACAGGACCAAGUGAGGUCUUUGAAAACGUUUUCCAGACUUGGGCAGGGAAGGACCAGCAAAUAGGCACCAAAGAGUUCAAGAGUUUUCUGGAAAAGAAUAUAAUCUCUAUGGGUAUACCAAACAAUGUUACCUUUUCCCUUGAUGACUGCCAGAAAAUCAUCCAGCAUUUCAGUGUAUCCUUCAAAGGAGCUAGAAACUGCAGGCUAAAUAUUGAGGAGAAGGGAGUACAUUUCAAGCUCCUAGUCCUCCGGAGUUUGGAAAAAGGAUCUCCUGAAACACAAGACCCUACCCUUUUAGCAAAAGAGAAUGCCCUGUAA